GUUCAAGGGUGGCAGCCCUUAUUGUUUCUGUGUUAUGCUCAUAUUAUGCUCGAGACAUGAAUGCGCAUGGACUGCACAGGCCGUAAAACAUCGAGACGUUCAGUGUUUUCAUCGCUCUCUGCUAAUAUUAGAAGAGCUAUGUUGAAAUCAUCAUCUGGGAAGACGAGCAAAAUAAUGGUUGUGGGACACAAAGGAUGUGGCAAGACUGCUACUUUGGAACAGCUCAUUUAUGGACUUAGUCCAGCAAGGGUAAGAAAAAAAGAAAAGAAAAAGCGGUGAGAGCAGCACUGAUGCCGUUUUUGCUGGUGCGUUACACGGCCAGGCACACAUCCUCUGGGAAAGAACAUGAAAUUUUUCCUACUGUUGAAGACAUCUACUGUGCACAAAUUGACAAUGACCGUGGAGGGAAGGAACGGGUACAGUUUUAUGACUCGGCUGGUGUGGAUUCUUCAUGUCCAGAAGUGUCCAAAGCCUACCUGUCCCAUGCAGAUGGCAUCGUGUUGAUGUAUGCAGUGAACAACAGGGAGUCCUUCUUGUUGUUGGAGCAGCUCAAAAAGGAUAUCGACAAGCACAAAGAAAAGAAAGAGCUUUCUUUCCUGGUAAUUGGAAACAAGGCAGAUCUGAAUGGAGAGCGUCAAGUGGACAUCCAGUCUGCAAUCAACUGGGCCACCAAGGAGAGAGUGCGGUUGGUGGAGGUGACGGCAAUGGACCGCAAGAGCCUCAUUGAGCCAUUCAUCUACCUGGUCUCAAAGAUCAACCCACCUCCCAGCAAGUCUACAUUUCCUCAGCUGGGAAGAAAGGGCAAGUCUGGAAGCAUCACCAUGGAACUGUGAUCUCAGUUUGUGUUUAGUACUCAUAACAUCUAUGCUAGCCCGUGCCUGUGUUCAUAUGAAAGCAUUUUCAUUCUUGAAGUCCAUAGGAUUUUAAUCUGGAAAUAAAACAAACAUGCUGUUGA